AUCUCACCAUGGGUGACGUGGAGAAGGGCAAGAAGAUCUUUGUUCAGAAGUGUGCCCAGUGCCACACAGUGGAGAAGGGGGGCAAGCACAAGACGGGGCCCGACCUGAAUGGCCCCUUUGGCCGGAAGACCAGCCAGUCUCCCGGCUUCUCCUACACAGACGCCAACAAGAACAAAGGUAUCAUCUGGGGAGAGGAUACGCUGAUGGAGUACUUGGAGAAUACCAAGAAGUACAUCCCUAGAACCAAGAUGAUCUUCACAGGCAUUAAGAAGAAGGGAGAAAGGGCAGACUUGAUAGCAUAUCUUAAAAAGGCCACCAACGAGUAA